UCUGCUAUUGAUACUUGUAUUUUGGAUGGGCCAUAGAUUAAGUUCAAACACCCUGAAAUUGGUACAGUGAAACUCUUUUAAUAAUCAAAACCCUUAGAAGUCAGUAUUGGAAUGAAUUCUGUUACUGUAGCUGUUUGACAUUUUGAAUGUAAUGGAUACAAGAUGGAAUAUUGGAUUUAUUGAUGAAGUCCACGUUUUGCCUUUUAUUCGCUCUCUGGAAUGUAUGCUUUAGUGGAGGAUUUUGUCUUGGUGUUUGGAUUUAGUUCUUAGAAGGUCUGCUAAAUCAGGGAAAUUCAUACUGAGUUCUAAUACACAUUUGUCCCAUAUAAGAAGAUGAGGCACUCAUCAAAAAUGGCUGUCAGUUAUAUGUUAUGUGGAUUAAAUUUCCAGAAUGACUCUGGAACGAAAUCUGCAGCCUGAGUACUCGGCAGUUAUAAUGAGUAGAGUACCCAACCGAACAUCCAACCUAGAUGUACCUCAACAACGUGAUGAGCCGAUCAAUAGCAGAAACAGUCCGAGUACACUCAAUGUCCUCACUACCAGCUCAGAUUUUGAGUUCUCUAAUAGCAUGCUCCAGUUGGACCAUGACCUUGACCAGUUAAGCUUGACUGAGAAGUCUGAUGAUUCCUCCUCCUCUGCCUCCCCCACAGAGCCCCACUCCGCACCUGUCACCCCUGCCCACCGUCAGGAGGGGCCAGCCAUCACCGUAGGGUACCGCCGUGCCACACAGGGGGGUUUCCUGGAGGGACUCCUGGGGUGCCUGAGGCCAGUGUGGACCAUCAUAGGAAAGGCCACCACAGCAGAACUUAAACAACAAGAUGACUGGGAGAUUCCGUUUGAGAACAUCACAGAUCUGCAGUGGCUAGGCAGUGGGGCCCAGGGGGCCGUCUUUUUGGGGAAGCUUAAUGGGGAAGAAGUAGCAGUGAAAAAAGUCCGAGAUGUCAACGAAACAGACAUCAAAAAUCUACGCAGACUCAACCAUCCCAAUGUCAUCACAUUUAAGGGUGUUUGCACACAGGCUCCGUGUUACUGUAUUAUCAUGGAGUACUGCCCCUACGGCCAACUGUAUGAGGUUCUAAGGGACGGGAAGGAGAUCCCGCCCGCCCUCAUCCUGGACUGGGCCAAACAGAUCGCCAGCGGCAUGCAUUAUCUUCACAGUCACAAGAUAAUCCACAGGGACCUCAAGUCACCAAAUAUUCUUGUUGCCAAAAAUGAUGUAGUAAAAAUAUCAGACUUUGGUACAAGUAAAACCUGGAAUGAAAAGAGUACCAAGAUGUCCUUUGCUGGAACUGUGGCAUGGAUGGCACCAGAGGUGAUCCGAAAUGAACCCUGCUCUGAGAAAGUAGAUAUAUGGUCUUUUGGUGUAGUUGUGUGGGAACUGUUGUCUUCAGAAAUCCCAUACAAGGAUGUUGACUCCUCUGCAAUUAUCUGGGGGGUUGGAAGUAACAGCCUACAUCUCCCGGUACCGUCUACAUGCCCUGAAGGAUUCAAAUUGCUUAUGAGGCAAUGCUGGGAAGCAAAGACAAGGAACAGACCUUCAUUCAAACAGGUUUUAAUGCAUCUGGAAAUAGCAACACCUGAGCUUCUGAAAUUCUCCUAUCAAGAUUUUAUAACAGCACAGACUAUUUGGAAGGAUGAAAUUCGGGAACAAUUACAGUUGAUCCGUUGUGAGGGAACACAUAUGCCCCACCUGGAGGAAGAGUUGAUUAAACGUAGAAGAGAGGAACUCAGACAUGCACAAGAUGUCAGAGAACAUUACGAAAGGAAGUUGGAACGAGCUAACAAUCUGUACAUGGAACUGACUGCUUGUAUGCUGCAGCUGGAGAAAAGAGAGAGAGAAUUACUAAAACGUGAGCAGCAAUUAGCCAUGUAUGACAAGAAAAGGAAAAGCAUUGUGCGACCAGUAAUUCGGGCACAAGAGAGGAUUGAUAGACUGAGUAAAAAGCGAACUUACAAAUCUGGCUCAGAACUUACCAGCCCAGACAACCCAGAGGGAGUCAUGGACAGCAGUAUGACUACAAGUUCUGAGCAGGUUCUACCAUCUCCCACAAAACUACGCAUGAGAAAAAGUAGACAUCGUCGUAACAACAGUAAAAGUAGUCUAGGCAGCAUCUGGCAAAGUCCUGCCAAAACAGCAGUAGCAGUGGAAGAGGAUCAAAACGAAUACCAUCUCAAACACUGUGACGAAAUGGACGUCACUCCACGUGUUUUCAAAUACUUAGGGCCAGGAACAGCCCUCAGGGAAUACAAGUCAACCGAGGAGCUUCAUCUACCUCUGAGUGAGAGUGAGCGCACUCAGAGGCCGUUAGAACUCGGACAAGUGAGUGAAAUCAAUGAGAAGAAUGUAAAUGAUGUUUGUUUUGGGUGUGACGGAGUGUGUAGUGACCACACCUGUAACAGUAAGCGGUCCAGUAGAAUUAGUGUGGACGUCGAGAGUAACGACUCGCCCUGCUCUCCCUGCCCCAUGAGUCCUUCUCAAACAAUGAAUGAUAUAGAGGAAAACUGUAACCAAUCAAAGGAGUGCUCAGUCAGUGAUGUGGAAAAUACGACGAGCUACACACCAGAUAAAGACUCCAAUGAGAAUAUCAAUAAUUUUCCAUUGAGAGGUGGACUUACACAGACAAGUGGAGAUUCAGUGUUUACAAGUGAUUUACAAAAUGAGGAAGAUAAUACUGUUAUAUACAACAGUGUCAAACGAACUUCUAGUGAUUCAGAAAUUAGGAGGUCGCCAAAAUUAAUGCAGCACAGACUUUCCAGUAUUGAGUCUUUAGAUUCAGCUCCUGUCAUAGGGAGGGAGAGAAUAGCUAGGGCACAUAAGAAUUCAGAAGACUCCUGGUCUGAGGAAGAGGAGGGGGAGGUAAGCGAUGACGGUAAGGCCAACAGGAAGCGGAGGUCAUACUGUUCCACGCUGAGCUCUGAGGGCUGUCUGUCGGAGUACGAGAACAAUACCAGCGAUCAUUCCACAUCCUUCAACGGGGACGGCCUGCUGUCCACCAACAGCUCGGAGAAUCUCCAGAUGGAGCUGGCAAACUGUGCUGUCACCUCCGAUGGACUGUCCGACAAAGAACUGACCGUCAGAAAAAUGGCUCAGCAGGUCUCCAACUCUCCAGAGCGCGUCUAUAAGACUUCGGACAGCAGUUCAGACUCUGAUGAGUGCUCAGACAUCACAGUGUCCACGACAGUACAUCGCACCCAGGCUUGGUGACCAAUGGCAGAUUAUUUAUAUUCCAUGUUGAAAUGGACCCAGUGACAAGGAAAUUUUAGUUCAUUACUAACUCUAUGGUUGUUAAAGUUAAAAUAUCAGUUAGUCCUGUUGUUGGUUUAUAUCAAUUGUGCAUCAUACUCCAUACAUUGUCUGCAUAUCAUAACACAUUUCUGCUUUAAAAUCACUGUGUUAAAGGUAGCUAUACCACAGCCAAACUGGAUUGGAGAUUACAGAUUGAUCAACACAAGCAAGUCUCUUUUCUUACAGCACUUUUGAAGUUGACAUCAGAUCAUUUGCUUUUUAAGGUCAGACGACACCUUCCUCAAAAAUAUAUAAUUUUUCCUCAGAAUUUGUCAUUGAAGUCUAGGUACUUAAACAAGUUUCCUCACAAAAAAUUAAGGUACCUUACCAGGC